UGUCACGUGUGGGGGCUGGUCCAGCGACCUGGGCUAUACGACCCGGGUCGCAUAAGAUUUUCUUCCCUCUGCCACCGCCGACCAACUCCCAGCACUUCUGCCGCCGCCUCAUCUCCCCCCCAGCCCCGGCCACUAAUUCUGCGAGAGAUGGCAUCCCUGCGCAGCGACAAGCGCCAGCGCCAGAGCGAACCCACAACCCUGAUGUCGCUCGGCGACGACAUGCUCGCCGAGAUCCUCUGCCGCCUCCCGUCGCUGCCGUCGCUCGCCAGGGCCGCCUGCGCAUGCCCGCGGCUGCGCGCCGUCGCCUCAUCCCCCUCCGUCGCCAGCCGCGUCAGGUCCACGUCGCCGGCCCCGCUGCUGGGCUACUUCAUCUCGGUCGCCGGCGGCGCCAUCCCGUCCUUCCACCGUGCGCUCCGCCUCCCCGACAGCGACGUCGCCGGCGUCCUCCGCCGCGGCGACUUCCACCUCGCGGGUCUGGAGGACUACGACUGGCGCCUCAUGGACUGCCGCCACGGCCUCCUCCUCCUCACGGGCGACCGCUGCAUGGCCGUGUUCGACCCCGUCGCCAACUCGCGGGCGCGCAUACCCCACUGCACGAACGUCAGCAACGGCGGCGGCGGCAAGUCGUCCUUCCACUGCUUCCUCCCGGCUACCGGCGGCGCGGCCUCGUUCCGCGUGCUCUGCCUGGAGAGCACGGGCGGCAGCAGGGUGCGUCCGCACGUGUACAGCUCGAGCACGGGCGAGUGGUGCUCUCACUCGCUGGCGCCCAAAGGCAUCAGGCCGCCGCGGAGGGGCGACCAGCACUCGUUCCACCACUACUUACCGGUGCACGCCGGCGGGCGCGUCUACUGGAGGACCUCCGCGGAAACGCUAGCCUCGCUCAAUGUCGGGUCCAUGGAGUUCUCCCAUGUACCCCUCCCGGAGAAACUGUGCCGCUACUUCCCCUACGUUGUAGGGGACACGGAGGACGGCACGACCUGCAUCGUAUCCGUCUCAGCCAAAACCGCUGGCCUCGACAUCAGGGUAUGGUUUCUCAAGGGGGACAAAUGGGAUGAGCAACGCAGAGUGGAUGCUUCCCAUAUGUUGGGCGCUGAUCGCAUCAGCGCGGCCAAGGUCUGCAAUGUGACUGCUGGCGUCGUGCUGCUCUCCACCGGCAACAAGCAUAAAGGCCUGGGGUAUGUUGCCUUUAGGAUAAAGAACACACCCGGGGAAGGUGGAACCAAGUUGGCGGAGUUCUUCACCUCCGCUGGAUGGGUGCACCCCUAUUUCAUGGCAUGGCCACGCCCCAGCUUAAAGGCUGCUAAGACUACUAGUGAAAGUGAGCAAGAAGGUGUUGCUGGUUUGAACAAGAAGAAACAAGUGUGACGGAUAAAGAAGCUGGUGUCUGUGAGAGGAAUAAACCAAGUCUAAAGCACUAGAAGCAACGCCUCCGAGUGUUUGAUGUAUUCAAGUGUUCAGUUAGCCUGUGCUCUUUUGUUCUGCUCUUAGCUUGCAAUCGAACCAAGAACUUGUGGUCAUGUUAGUCAAACUCCACUUCUAGUGUCAAAUCGUGUGUCAUGGUGUCUAGUGUCAUGGUGUCUAGUGAUUUCAGCCGGUGAACUUUCUUCUAACAUUCUGAAGAAAACUUGUGCCGAAUGAUGCUCACACUGUCUCAUAUACUCAUGUUUCCCAAGUUUAAAGUGGUAUUCCAGACAGCCUUAAGCCUUGCUCGGUUAA